AUGGCAACCGGAGCCACGUCAGCAGUGCUGACGGUGCAGCAGCUGAGUGCACGUGCCGCUCGCAUCAUGCGCUCAACGCCGUGGGGACGACUCAUGCGACCCGACGUGCGGUUACCACACGUCCAAGCCUUCACGGGCUUCCUGGAAGCUUCUCACCGCAGCCUGCUACAGUCGAUUGGGAUCCCAUCCUCAGCCAUCUUCCACAGCUACACCUAUCUGAUGAACAGCUUUGCAGCGCAGCUCACCACUGCGGAGGCAAGGCGGCUCAAGAGGCACCCAGCAGUGGCAGAGGUGGAGAGAGACCGCACAGUGCGAGUGACCUCGGUGCACUCCCCUGAGUUCCUCAAGCUCGACUCGAGCCUGUGGCCGGCGAAUGGUGGGCAGAGCAACGCGGGAGAGGGAGUGAUCAUUGGAGUGAUUGAUUCAGGAAUUUGGCCCGAGCACCCCUCCUUCUCUGACCCGGUGAGUUCUCCGAGUGACUUGCGUUGGAGAGGCGUGUGCAGUGAAACAGACGACUCUUCAUCUUUUCCCCUCUACUUCUUCCUGCAGGACCCGAACGGAGUGCCUUACUCCGCUGCCCCGGUGCGCUGGAGAGGCGUGUGCACCAAAACAGACGACUUCACAGCGUGCAACGGCAAGGUUGUUGGAUUGGGAGUUGGAUACGUGAGUUGGACAUUUGAGUUGGGAGUUGGAUACGUGAGUUGGACAUUUGAGUUGGGAGUUGGAUACGUGAGUUGGACAUUUGAGUUGGGAGUUGGAUACGUGAGUUGGACAUUUGAGUUGGGAGUUGGAUACGUGAGUUGGACAUUUGAGUUGGGAGUUGGAUACGUGAGUUGGACAUUUGAGUUGGGAGUUGGAUACGUGAGUUGGACAUUUGAGUUGGGAGUUGGAUACGUGAGUUGGACAUUUGAGUUGGGAGUUGGAUACGUGAGUUGGACAUUUGAGUUGGGAGUUGGAUACGUGAGUUGGACAUUUGAGUUGGGAGUUGGAUACGUGAGUUGGACAUUUGAGUUGGGAGUUGGAUACGUGAGUUGGACAUUUGAGUUGGGAGUUGGAUACGUGAGUUGGACAUUUGAGUUGGGAGUUGGAUACGUGAGUUGGACAUUUGAGUUGGGAGUUGGAUACGUGAGUUGGACAUUUGAGUUGGGAGUUGGAUACGUGAGUUGGACAUUUGAGUUGGGAGUUGGAUACGUGAGUUGGACAUUUGAGUUGGGAGUUGGAUACGUGAGUUGGACAUUUGAGUUGGGAGUUGGAUACGUGAGUUGGACAUUUGAGUUGGGAGUUGGAUACGUGAGUUGGACAUUUGAGUUGGGAGUUGGAUACGUGAGUUGGACAUUUGAGUUGGGAGUUGGAUACGUGAGUUGGACAUUUGAGUUGGGAGUUGGAUACGUGAGUUGGACAUUUGAGUUGGGAGUUGGAUACGUGAGUUGGACAUUUGAGUUGGGAGUUGGAUACGUGAGUUGGACAUUUGAGUUGGGAGUUGGAUACGUGAGUUGGACAUUUGAGUUGGGAGUUGGAUACGUGAGUUGGACAUUUGAGUUGGGAGUUGGAUACGUGAGUUGGACAUUUGAGUUGGGAGUUGGAUACGUGAGUUGGACAUUUGAGUUGGGAGUUGGAUACGUGAGUUGGACAUUUGAGUUGGGAGUUGGAUACGUGAGUUGGACAUUUGAGUUGGGAGUUGGAUACGUGAGUUGGACAUUUGAGUUGGGAGUUGGAUACGUGAGUUGGACAUUUGAGUUGGGAGUUGGAUACGUGAGUUGGACAUUUGAGUUGGGAGUUGGAUACGUGAGUUGGACAUUUGAGUUGGGAGUUGGAUACGUGAGUUGGACAUUUGAGUUGGGAGUUGGAUACGUGAGUUGGACAUUUGAGUUGGGAGUUGGAUACGUGAGUUGGACAUUUGAGUUGGGAGUUGGAUACGUGAGUUGGACAUUUGAGUUGGGAGUUGGAUACGUGAGUUGGACAUUUGAGUUGGGAGUUGGAUACGUGAGUUGGACAUUUGAGUUGGGAGUUGGAUACGUGAGUUGGACAUUUGAGUUGGGAGUUGGAUACGUGAGUUGGACAUUUGAGUUGGGAGUUGGAUACGUGAGUUGGACAUUUGAGUUGGGAGUUGGAUACGUGAGUUGGACAUUUGAGUUGGGAGUUGGAUACGUGAGUUGGACAUUUGAGUUGGGAGUUGGAUACGUGAGUUGGACAUUUGAGUUGGGAGUUGGAUACGUGAGUUGGACAUUUGAGUUGGGAGUUGGAUACGUGAGUUGGACAUUUGAGUUGGGAGUUGGAUACGUGAGUUGGACAUUUGAGUUGGGAGUUGGAUACGUGAGUUGGACAUUUGAGUUGGGAGUUGGAUACGUGAGUUGGACAUUUGAGUUGGGAGUUGGAUACGUGAGUUGGACAUUUGAGUUGGGAGUUGGAUACGUGAGUUGGACAUUUGAGUUGGGAGUUGGAUACGUGAGUUGGACAUUUGAGUUGGGAGUUGGAUACGUGAGUUGGACAUUUGAGUUGGGAGUUGGAUACGUGAGUUGGACAUUUGAGUUGGGAGUUGGAUACGUGAGUUGGACAUUUGAGUUGGGAGUUGGAUACGUGAGUUGGACAUUUGAGUUGGGAGUUGGAUACGUGAGUUGGACAUUUGAGUUGGGAGUUGGAUACGUGAGUUGGACAUUUGAGUUGGGAGUUGGAUACGUGAGUUGGACAUUUGAGUUGGGAGUUGGAUACGUGAGUUGGACAUUUGAGUUGGGAGUUGGAUACGUGAGUUGGACAUUUGAGUUGGGAGUUGGAUACGUGAGUUGGACAUUUGAGUUGGGAGUUGGAUACGUGAGUUGGACAUUUGAGUUGGGAGUUGGAUACGUGAGUUGGACAUUUGAGUUGGGAGUUGGAUACGUGAGUUGGACAUUUGAGUUGGGAGUUGGAUACGUGAGUUGGACAUUUGAGUUGGGAGUUGGAUACGUGAGUUGGACAUUUGAGUUGGGAGUUGGAUACGUGAGUUGGACAUUUGAGUUGGGAGUUGGAUACGUGAGUUGGACAUUUGAGAUCGGAGUUGGAUACGUGAGUUGGACAUUUGAGUUGGGAGUUGGAUACGUGAGUUGGACAUUUGAGUUGGGAGUUGGAUACGUGAGUUGGACAUUUGAGUUCGGAGUUGGAUACGUGAGUUGGACAUUUGAGUUGGGAGUUGGAUACGUGAGUUGGACAUUUGAGUUGGGAGUUGGAUACGUGAGUUGGACAUUUGAGUUGGGAGUUGGAUACGUGAGUUGGACAUUUGAGUUGGGAGUUGGAUACGUGAGUUGGACAUUUGAGUUGGGAGUUGGAUACGUGAGUUGGACAUUUGAGUUCGGAGUUGGAUAUUUGGGAUUUGGAUACGUGAGUUGGACAUUUGAGUUCGGAGUUGGAUACGUGAGUUGGACAUUUGAGUUGGGAGUUGGAUACGUGAGUUGGACAUUUGAGUUGGGAGUUGGAUACGUGAGUUGGACAUUUGAGUUGGGAGUUGGAUACGUGAGUUGGACAUUUGAGUUGGGAGUUGGAUACGUGAGUUGGACAUUUGAGUUGGGAGUUGGAUACGUGAGUUGGACAUUUGAGUUGGGAGUUGGAUACGUGAGUUGGACAUUUGAGUUGGGAGUUGGAUACGUGAGUUGGACAUUUGAGUUGGGAGUUGGAUACGUGAGUUGGACAUUUGAGUUGGGAGUUGGAUACGUGAGUUGGACAUUUGAGUUGGGAGUUGGAUACGUGAGUUGGACAUUUGAGUUGGGAGUUGGAUACGUGAGUUGGACAUUUGAGUUGGGAGUUGGAUACGUGAGUUGGACAUUUGAGUUGGGAGUUGGAUACGUGAGUUGGACAUUUGAGUUGGGAGUUGGAUACGUGAGUUGGACAUUUGAGUUGGGAGUUGGAUACGUGAGUUGGACAUUUGAGUUGGGAGUUGGAUACGUGAGUUGGACAUUUGAGUUGGGAGUUGGAUACGUGAGUUGGACAUUUGAGUUGGGAGUUGGAUACGUGAGUUGGACAUUUGAGUUGGGAGUUGGAUACGUGAGUUGGACAUUUGAGUUGGGAGUUGGAUACGUGAGUUGGACAUUUGAGUUGGGAGUUGGAUACGUGAGUUGGACAUUUGAGUUGGGAGUUGGAUACGUGAGUUGGACAUUUGAGUUGGGAGUUGGAUACGUGAGUUGGACAUUUGAGUUGGGAGUUGGAUACGUGAGUUGGACAUUUGAGUUGGGAGUUGGAUACGUGAGUUGGACAUUUGAGUUGGGAGUUGGAUACGUGAGUUGGACAUUUGAGUUGGGAGUUGGAUACGUGAGUUGGACAUUUGAGUUGGGAGUUGGAUACGUGAGUUGGACAUUUGAGUUGGGAGUUGGAUACGUGAGUUGGACAUUUGAGUUGGGAGUUGGAUACGUGAGUUGGACAUUUGAGUUGGGAGUUGGAUACGUGAGUUGGACAUUUGAGUUGGGAGUUGGAUACGUGAGUUGGACAUUUGAGUUGGGAGUUGGAUACGUGAGUUGGACAUUUGAGUUGGGAGUUGGAUACGUGAGUUGGACAUUUGAGUUGGGAGUUGGAUACGUGAGUUGGACAUUUGAGUUGGGAGUUGGAUACGUGAGUUGGACAUUUGAGUUGGGAGUUGGAUACGUGAGUUGGACAUUUGAGUUGGGAGUAGGAUACGUGAGUUGGACAUUUGAGUUGGGAGUUGGAUACGUGAGUUGGACAUUUGAGUUGGGAGUUGGAUACGUGAGUUGGACAUUUGAGUUGGGAGUUGGAUACGUGAGUUGGACAUUUGAGUUGGGAGUUGGAUACGUGAGUUGGACAUUUGAGUUGGGAGUUGGAUACGUGAGUUGGACAUUUGAGUUGGGAGUUGGAUACGUGAGUUGGACAUUUGAGUUGGGAGUUGGAUACGUGAGUUGGACAUUUGAGUUGGGAGUUGGAUACGUGAGUUGGACAUUUGAGUUGGGAGUUGGAUACGUGAGUUGGACAUUUGAGUUGGGAGUUGGAUACGUGAGUUGGACAUUUGAGUUGGGAGUUGGAUACGUGAGUUGGACAUUUGAGUUGGGAGUUGGAUACGUGAGUUGGACAUUUGAGUUGGGAGUUGGAUACGUGAGUUGGACAUUUGAGUUGGGAGUUGGAUACGUGAGUUGGACAUUUGAGUUGGGAGUUGGAUACGUGAGUUGGACAUUUGAGUUGGGAGUUGGAUACGUGAGUUGGACAUUUGAGUUGGGAGUUGGAUACGUGAGUUGGACAUUUGAGUUGGGAGUUGGAUACGUGAGUUGGACAUUUGAGUUGGGAGUUGGAUACGUGAGUUGGACAUUUGAGUUGGGAGUUGGAUACGUGAGUUGGACAUUUGAGUUGGGAGUUGGAUACGUGAGUUGGACAUUUGAGUUGGGAGUUGGAUACGUGAGUUGGACAUUUGAGUUGGGAGUUGGAUACGUGAGUUGGACAUUUGAGUUGGGAGUUGGAUACGUGAGUUGGACAUUUGAGUUGGGAGUUGGAUACGUGAGUUGGACAUUUGAGUUGGGAGUUGGAUACGUGAGUUGGACAUUUGAGUUGGGAGUUGGAUACGUGAGUUGGACAUUUGAGUUGGGAGUUGGAUACGUGAGUUGGACAUUUGAGUUGGGAGUUGGAUACGUGAGUUGGACAUUUGAGUUGGGAGUUGGAUACGUGAGUUGGACAUUUGAGUUGGGAGUUGGAUACGUGAGUUGGACAUUUGAGUUGGGAGUUGGAUACGUGAGUUGGACAUUUGAGUUGGGAGUUGGAUACGUGAGUUGGACAUUUGAGUUGGGAGUUGGAUACGUGAGUUGGACAUUUGAGUUGGGAGUUGGAUACGUGAGUUGGACAUUUGAGUUGGGAGUUGGAUACGUGAGUUGGACAUUUGAGUUGGGAGUUGGAUACGUGAGUUGGACAUUUGAGUUGGGAGUUGGAUACGUGAGUUGGACAUUUGAGUUGGGAGUUGGAUACGUGAGUUGGACAUUUGAGUUGGGAGUUGGAUACGUGAGUUGGACAUUUGAGUUGGGAGUUGGAUACGUGAGUUGGACAUUUGAGUUGGGAGUUGGAUACGUGAGUUGGACAUUUGAGUUGGGAGUUGGAUACGUGAGUUGGACAUUUGAGUUGGGAGUUGGAUACGUGAGUUGGACAUUUGAGUUGGGAGUUGGAUACGUGAGUUGGACAUUUGAGUUGGGAGUUGGAUACGUGAGUUGGACAUUUGAGUUGGGAGUUGGAUACGUGAGUUGGACAUUUGAGAUCGGAGUUGGAUACGUGAGUUGGACAUUUGAGAUCGGAGUUGGAUACGUGAGUUGGACAUUUGAGUUGGGAGUUGGAUACGUGAGUUGGACAUUUGAGUUGGGAGUUGGAUACGUGAGUUGGACAUUUGAGUUGGGAGUUGGAUACGUGAGUUGGACAUUUGAGUUGGGAGUUGGAUACGUGAGUUGGACAUUUGAGUUGGGAGUUGGAUACGUGAGUUGGACAUUUGAGAUCGGAGUUGGAUACGUGAGUUGGACAUUUGAGAUCGGAGUUGGAUACGUGAGUUGGACAUUUGAGUUGGGAGUUGGAUACGUGAGUUGGACAUUUGAGUUGGGAGUUGGAUACGUGAGUUGGACAUUUGAGUUGGGAGUUGGAUACGUGAGUUGGACAUUUGAGUUGGGAGUUGGAUACGUGAGUUGGACAUUUGAGUUGGGAGUUGGAUACGUGAGUUGGACAUUUGAGUUGGGAGUUGGAUACGUGAGUUGGACAUUUGAGUUGGGAGUUGGAUACGUGAGUUGGACAUUUGAGUUGGGAGUUGGAUACGUGAGUUGGACAUUUGAGUUGGGAGUUGGAUACGUGAGUUGGACAUUUGAGUUGGGAGUUGGAUACGUGAGUUGGACAUUUGAGUUGGGAGUUGGAUACGUGAGUUGGACAUUUGAGUUGGGAGUUGGAUACGUGAGUUGGACAUUUGAGUUGGGAGUUGGAUACGUGAGUUGGACAUUUGAGUUGGGAGUUGGAUACGUGAGUUGGACAUUUGAGUUGGGAGUUGGAUACGUGAGUUGGACAUUUGAGUUGGGAGUUGGAUACGUGAGUUGGACAUUUGAGUUGGGAGUUGGAUACGUGAGUUGGACAUUUGAGUUGGGAGUUGGAUACGUGAGUUGGACAUUUGAGUUGGGAGUUGGAUACGUGAGUUGGACAUUUGAGUUGGGAGUUGGAUACGUGAGUUGGACAUUUGAGUUGGGAGUUGGAUACGUGAGUUGGACAUUUGAGUUGGGAGUUGGAUACGUGAGUUGGACAUUUGAGUUGGGAGUUGGAUACGUGAGUUGGACAUUUGAGUUGGGAGUUGGAUACGUGAGUUGGACAUUUGAGUUGGGAGUUGGAUACGUGAGUUGGACAUUUGAGUUGGGAGUUGGAUACGUGAGUUGGACAUUUGAGUUGGGAGUUGGAUACGUGAGUUGGACAUUUGAGUUGGGAGUUGGAUACGUGAGUUGGACAUUUGAGUUGGGAGUUGGAUACGUGAGUUGGACAUUUGAGUUGGGAGUUGGAUACGUGAGUUGGACAUUUGAGUUGGGAGUUGGAUACGUGAGUUGGACAUUUGAGUUGGGAGUUGGAUAUUGCUACCGGAGACGCAGAGGUGCCGCUGGAAACGCAGGUGUGGAGGUGACAACAGGCGGCCGAACCUUCGGCACAGCCUCGGGCAUGGCUCCCCGAGCCAGGCUGGCAGUGUACAAGGCGCUGUGGAUCAUCGGGGAGUACCAAGGGAUUGGGUCCGGUUCUGACCUCAUUGCUGCUGCAGAAAAGGCGGUGGCUGAUGGAGUGGACGUGAUAUCGUGCUCGUGGGGGGGCCUUGCCAUGUACUUCCAAGACCUGCCCUACUUGCGUGGUCUAAAGCCCUGCCAUUUCUCACCCUCCCAUUCUCACCCUUUCUCACCCUCUCAUUUCGACCUCCCAAUGUCACCCUCCUCUUCUCACCCUCCCUUUCUCACCCUCCCAUUCUCACCCUCCCUUUCUCACCUACCCAUUGUCAACCUCGCUUUCACACCCUCCUCUUCUCACCCUCCCAUCCCCACCCUUCCCAUCCCCACCCUUCCCAUCCUCACCCUUCACAUCCUCACCCUUCCCAUCCUCACCCUUCCCAUCCUCACCCUUCCCAUCCUCACCCUUCCCAUCCUCACCCUUCACAUCCUCACCCUUCCCAUCCUCACCCUUCCCAUCCUCACCCUUCCCAUCCUCACCUGUCCAGAUUUCAGGCCGGAGUGGUCUCACCUUCCUCGAGUGCUUCUUCCUUUUUCCCUUCUCACCCUGCCCAUUCCCACCUUUCCCAUUCCCACCCUUCCCAAUUGCAUCCUGUCUAUCCCCAACCUCCCAUUCUCACCUUUCCAUCCUCCAGGCCGGAGUGGUCACGGCCUUUGCAGCCGGCAACGAGGGCCGCCCCAACCCCAUGAGCAUAUGGGGCACCCUCUCGAAUGCCUCUCCCUUCUACCUCACAGUGGGAGCAAGCACCAUUGGCCGAAAGUACUCGGCUGUGCUCACCUUGGGCGAUGGAACCACCUUCACACGGCGCAGUCACGGUGGCACAACUGCCACGUCAUCAGCGCUGCCCCUCAGACUCCUGCUUCCCCCCUUCCCCCCACCACUGCCCCUCCCCUCAGCACCAUCGGUCGAAAGUACACGGCUGAGUUCACCUUGGGCGAUGGAACCACCUUCACAGGAUACAGCCUCGGCGGCACCACUGCCACGGCGUCACCUCUGCCGCUCAUGCUCGCCGGGUCUGCUGCGUCCCCUCCCGAAGCCACGGGCGCGGCUUCCACCUGUGACCCGGAAUACGUGGAUGCAACGAAAGUCGCCGGCAAGUUUCUUGUCUGCAUUGUGACGGAGUGGGUGCACAGGGAGUGGAGCUAUGACGCGGUGCUCAUGUGGGCAGACACGCUGGGAGCGGCUGCCAUACUCGUUAUAAGCGAGGCAGCGGAGUACGACGCGGUUCCUAUCUUCUCCUACUCGAAGACUCCUAGCAUCGUGUUGAACCCCACAGCCACGCUGUCCGCUUUCACCGUCUCCCACUCCUCCAACGCCCCUCAGCUCGCUUACUUCUCCUCAACCGGUCCCCCACGUAGCCCGCUCUACCCUCCUGCGCUACUCAUGCGCGACUUCCCCACUAAUGACAUCCUUAAACCGGACGUCAUUGGGCCUGGUUACCAGCUAUGGGCCGCGGCUCCGGGUAAGUCGCUCGAGACUGCUGCGACCGACCCGCCCGAGUUUAACUACUACUCCGGGACGUCAAUGUCGACGCCGCAUUUGGCGGGGAUCAUGGCGCUGAUCGUGCAGAACAAGCCGAGCUGGUCCCCCUCGCAGGGCUCACGUUUCAUGCGGCGCACAAGCACUUCGUGA